CCUACUCAAAAUUUAACCUCAUACAUAAAACCUAGAAUUAGAAAAACCACUUAGAUCAUUGGACGAUUACCACCGUCGUUCUUUGGAAGACAGUCCGCGUCGACGAUCAAUGGAACUCAAGAGAAGUAAAAUAAUGGAAGAAGCUGAGUAUUCAUAUUUACCAGAUGAAUGCUGGGAAUGUGUGUUCGAAUUUCUCAACCACGGCGGCGACGGUGACGACUACGACCAUAAACGUAACUUGAAGUCUAUCCCCGCCGUCUGUAAGCAGUGGUUCACCAUCACCAACCGUAUCCGAUCAUCUCUCACUAUAUAUGAUCCAACAGCCCCCUUCUUAUCCCGCCUCUUCCAUAGAUUCACAAACCUUACCUCCCUCGACCUCACUCACUUCCACGGUGACCUCGAUUCACUUCUCCUUCAAAUCUCUCUUUUCCCAUUGAAACUCACAUCACUCAAUAUCUCUCACAAACCUACCAUUCCCGCUAAUGGCUUAAGAGCUUUCUCUAAAAACUUUACAACUUUAACCUCUCUCAUUUGCUCCCAUAUAUCUUCUUUCAGUUGCACUCACUUGUUCCUCAUCGCUGAAUGUUUCCCUUUAAUAGAAGAACUCGACCUCCAUCUUAUUCAUCCUAUCGCUGGUGAAACUAUCCGUAGCUUUCUCGAUGGGUUUGAGGCGCUUUCAUCAUCACUUUUGAAACUCCGCAAGCUUGAUCUCACUGGCCACUUUUAUAUGAAUGACAAAUCAAUUAUGCAGUUGUUUAAGAACUGCAAGCAUCUUGAAGAGGUUAGUGUGCUUCAUUGUUUUAAAAUAACCAGAGCAGGUGUUGUUUCUGCCCUCGGUGAGAAACCAACAAAAUUGAGGUAUUUGUGCCUUCCUCUGUUCCUUAUUCCACGGGUCAUUGACUCCUUGAUGAAUUUCAAGAAUUUAACUUAUAUUGAUUUGUCAUAUUCCUCUGAUUCUAUUUCGGAUGAAAUACUUACCUCUAUUGCAAUGGAAGGUCUUCCUUUAAAGACUUUUAUUAUGGCAUCUGGCCAUGGCUAUAGUUAUGCCGGAAUAUUUUCUUUGUUAUCCAAGUGUCAAUCUAUCCAACAUUUGGAACUUGAUUAUAUCUUGUUUUUGAAUGAUAAUCAUGUUAUGGAGCUGUCUUCUCAUCUUGUUGGUUUGUUGUCGCUAAGGUUGAGUAGAUGUUUUAUGGUCACUUAUUCAGCUUUGUUUUCAUUGGUUAUGAAUUGUCCUUCACUCAGUGACAUCAAAAUGGAAGACAUUGGGGGUAAGAGUGUAAUGAAUUAUGAUUCUUUGAUGGAAUUUGGAGUAUACCCUCAAUUAAAGUCUCUCUAUUUGCGUUACAAUUCAUGGUUAAGUGAUGAAAGCAUCACAAUGAUUGUUUCUCAUUUCCCCAAUUUGCACUUGCUUGAUUUGAAAUCUUGCAAAAACAUAUCUCAACAAGGUAUUAUUCAAGUUUUAAAGAGAUGUCAUAAGAUAAGUCAUUUGAAUUUAUCAUUAUGUAACUUAAGUUCGGGAGUGAAGCUAUCUGAAAUGAACUUUGAAGUUCCCAAGUUGAAGAUGCUAAACUUGUCAUUUUCAGAAGUUGAUGAUGCUACACUCUAUGUGAUCUCAAAAAAUUGUCCUCGGCUUUUGCAAUUGUUAUUAAAUGGUUGUCUUGGAUGCACAGAGAAGGGAGUGAAAUAUGUGCUGGAAAACUGCACACAACUCAGAGAGAUAGAUUUGGGAAACUGUUUGAAUGUGCAUAUUAAUGUUGCAGCCUCAGUCCUAUUUUCAAGUCCAUCAUUGAGAAAGAUAACUGUCCCACCUCAUUUUCGUUUCAGUGAAAGUGAGAGGAAACUCUUGUUGCGUCGAGGAUGCAUUGUUUGCCCCAGUUUUAGACUUUGAAAUCGAAUGGGGCUGGCCGAAGUAGUAAAUGUUAGUGUCUUUCAAUCGGUGUGGAGCACAUUGAGGAAGCAAUGCAAAAUAUUUUGGAUGGUACAGAGAUGGUGUGGUAUUUUCUGUUCUGCAACAUUAUGCUGAUCAUGCUGAAAAAUGAGUGAUAUGGUUAAAGAUAAAGACUCAUGAUAUUGAGAUUGUGUUUAAGAGUUAUUUAUAUUGGCACUAGAAACAUGAAAUCAUUUUGUGCUCUGUGAUUUGAUUAAGAAUAUUAUUUCUACAAUUGUAUUGUAGUAGUAGGUUGUCUGUCAUAAACUCACCUUGUUUUCAUGUCACUGAAAUUUUAUUCUAUUUAUCUCAACUUCUGCUAUCCA